AUGAAGUACAGGACGGCCCUCAUGUACUCAGAGAUAGGCUGUUUCGUCGUUUGUGUCUGUGGGUGGAUUCUCGUUUGCUCAACAAUGCCGACGGAGCAGUGGACCUGGUCUGAGGUGGAGAGCAUUGUUCUCACCACGUCAAACUACUUCUCCAACCUCUGGAAGGACUGCAUCUCCGACUCAACGGGAGUCUCUGACUGCAAAGGAUUUCCCUCCAUGAUCGCUCUUCCAACAUACAUCCAUUUGUGUCGUUCUCUGAUCAUCAUUUCCAUAGUCCUGGGAUUCUUUGGGGCUAUUCUCGCCUUGGUGGGCAUGAAAUGCACCAAGAUCGGAGGCACUGAGAUUAUCAAUGCCAGAGUGACAUUUGCAGCAGGGUUAAACUAUCUGAUAUCAGGACUGUGCGGGAUGUUUGCUUACUCUUGGUAUGGGAACAAGGUUGUGUCUGAAUUCAAAAAUCCCCACUACAAGGCACAGAAGUUUGAGUUAGGAGUGGGUCUGUUCAUUGGCUGGGGCGGUUCCUUCCUGCUGAUAUGUGGAGGUCUUGUUUACAGCAUCUUUGCAGGAAGAGAGGGUUGCCAAUCAAGGUAA